AUGCGGCGACGAUGUUCCGUCCAAGAAUCGCCGAAGCUGCGUUGUGUCUUAGUAACGUUCCUCACAACCGCCGGUGCAGCAGCGUCUGCCGCACCGCCACACCCAGCGUCUGCCGCACCGUCGCUCCCAGCGCCUCUCUUACUCUCGUCAUUCCCGGAGUCCGUCUUACUCUCGUCCCUUGCAGCUUCUGAUGAGUCGUCCCCUCCAGGCGCGCUCCCUGUCGCGUCGUCCACACAGAGCGCGACUGUUCCUAAGGGAAAAGUGUUCUAUCUCUCAAGAGUGCAGAGGGAGGGGCGCGUGGGACGUGUGAGUCGCCUGCAGGAGCAUCCUCAUCUAACCCCGUUGCUCCUCUCCUCUCCCAUCCCACCCACUCGUAUCUCUCAAGAGUGCAGAGGGACACUCAAGAGUGCAGAUGGGGGAGCGCGUUGGACGUGUGCCCAGUGUAGGGAGCAGCUGAAGGAGCUCCAAGAAUGGUUCGCAGGGGUUGAAGCAAGCAAGCUGGGCGAUCAAGGCAACGAGGGGCAACAGGGGGGAGGAGGGGGAAGGGGCGGAAGGGGAGGCGCGGGGGGGAGGGGCACAGAGGCGGACGACGUGAUGGAGCUGCAGAGCCGACUGGUGGAGAAGCAGGGCGAGCUGAAACAGCUGAAAGCCGAAUAUGAAGCCUUGCAGAUACCGGGACGCGCAUUCGGUUUGCUAGUAACGGUGCCGUUCCGCACAACCGUCAGUGCAGCAGCGUCUGCUGCACCGUCGCUCCCAGCGCCCCUCUUACUCUCGUCAUUUCCAGAGUCCUUCUUACUCUCGUCCCUUGCAUCAACGUCAUCGCGUCCAGGAGGUCUUCCUGUCCCGUCUUCCACACAGAUUUCGUCUGUUCCUAAAGGGAAAGUUUUCAUUCGCUACGCGGCCAAGUUGAGACCUCCCCGUAGCCAUGGAAAGAUCCUUGGUGACCUGGCAGCAACGGGGAGAUACUCGUUUAAGGGACUGGAGUACGUAUAG